GAAAAACGUAAUUAACAAAAUAACUUUACUUACACACUCUCUCUCUCUUGUUGGUGGUAGCUAGGACUAUAUGGCUAGUAACGUGUUUGGCGAACCUGUGACAGGGAGAACGAAGUCAGAGAGGGCUGCCAAGGCCAACGAGGACCCAAACAAAGACGGAAAGCGUGAUCAGGCACUUGCCUAUGUCAAGAAAGAAAAAGAAAAAUACGGGGAUGGAGUUUCUACACUAAGUAUCUUUUAUAAUGCUACCGGUGACACCUUGUUUUAUGCUGAAGAUCACUCCAAAUCUGGGAAAAUCUAUGAUUCGUAUCCAGUUAAAGUUCAGAAUGGCCAGUGGGGCGGGUAUCUGCAUACAAAAGAGCCUGUCGUCGUUGCAUCUGGCUCGGAAGCAUUUGUAGUGUAUCGUGGCAAGUACAAUGAUACAGAUUUUUGCAAGCAGCUAAUUGCUUGGUAUGUUCCUGGGGACCAAAGGCUAUUUAACAACCAUGCCUAUUGUGAGAUCUAUGAGGAUAACUCCGAAAUUGACAAGGAUAAGGUGUAUAGAAAUACGGAAGGUGGUGGCCCACUACAUUCAACUAUGAACAAAAGAUUGGCCAUUAUAACGUCAAUUGACGAGGGUACUUCUCCUUUGUACCAAGCACAUUUCACUUUUACAGAGGUUGGCCGCCAUGGCUAGCUACCUUGCAGCUGUUUGCUAGCUCACUAUAUGUAAUAAUAAUAUUAUAAAAAAUAAACCCACAAUUGUGUGCAGGCAAUGUCCUUCACGUGUGUGUUAUGUUGUGGUUUCAUUAUGAUAAUAAAUCCACAUGUGUGUUGUGACAACUAGUAGUUAAUUAGCAACGGGUUAAUCUUAAUCUCGUUUAAGCUUAAUCAUUAUCGCUAUAUGUAAUAAUAAUAUAAUAAAAAAUAAAUCCACAAUUGUGUGCAGGAUUUGUUG